CAACUUGCUUAUAUGGAUCAAGAAUCAAUAUAGAUAGAUGUCACCACUCAAGAGCGUCUCACGCUUACGUGUCACAUUGUGAUGUUUCCUACACACGUGUCACUCCAUUUUAAGCUGUAGUUUCUCCCAUUGUUACUCACCCCUUAUAGCAUCCUUCUGCUUAAAUCAAUCCUUCAUAUCCCUGUUUACAUCACGCAACCACUUUGCUUCUCUGGAUCACAUACUAACAUCUAUCUAUCCAUCUUCACCGAAACUAAAAAUCACUUCUGAAUUCUGUUAUCUCUACUUCAAUUUUCUUCUCUUUAAUGGCGUCGAGGCAACAAUUCAAGGAAGAUAGAGCAGAGGCAGCUGCAAAGCUUGCAGCCAAGGACAUAGGCGAUGUAAACAGAGAAAGAGAGCGUGACGAAGGUUACACGCUCAACUCCGAAAAGGCACGUGCUGAAGCCGCUGCAAAGCUUGCUGCCAAGGAUCUCGAAGAUGUGAACAGAGCAAGAGACACAGCUUCGUACCACAAGCUACAGCAGCAGCAGCAAAACCCUGAUGUUAUAGGGUCCAUGUUAAGGGCAGUGCACGACACUAUCGAGCACGCAAAGGAAGCUGUGGUAGGGAAGACUCAGGAGACCGGAGAGGCGGUUAGCGACACUGGAAAAUGUGUUUCUGAGAAGACAAUGGAGACGAAGGACAAAGCAGGUGCCAAAGUUGGAGAGUACGCUGGCUAUGCUGCUGAUAAAGCGAGAGAAACAAAAGAUGUAACGAUGAACAAAACUGGUGAGUAUGCAGAUUAUGCGUCUCAGAAAGCGAAAGAUACUAAGGACUAUACUGCUGAUAAAACUAUAGAAGCCAAGAACAAGACAAUGGAGAAAUCUGGCGCGUAUAAGGAUUAUGCUGCGGACAAGGCAAAGGAAGCGAAAGACGCUACAAUGCAGAAGGCUGGGGAGUAUAAGGAUUAUGCUGCUGACAAGGCGAAGGAAGCGAAGGAUGCUACAACGCAAAAAGCUGGAGAGUACAAAGAUUAUGCUGCUGACAAGGCGACGGAUGCAAAAGAUUAUGGUGCUGAGACGGCAAAGGAAGCAAAAGACGCUACAGUGCAGAAGGCUGGAGAGUACUCAGAGUAUACUGCGGAGAAGGCAAAAGAGGGGAAGCACACGACAAUUGGGAAGCUUGGGGAGCUGAAAGACUCAGCUGCCGAUGCUGCUAAGAGAGCUAUGGAUUUCUUCACCGGCAAGAAAGAGGAAACCAAGCAGAAGGCCGCAGAGACAACGGAAGCAGCCACGCAGAAGACUAAUGAGGCAAAGGUGAAGCUGCAGCUGAGUGGAAUAGAGGAAGAAGCAAGGAGAAAAAUGGAAGGGAUGAGGAUGGAGGGAGGAGGAGGACGAGGAGGCACGGGCGGAGAGAGUAAGGUGUGGAUCCGAGUGGAGGAGAGUCGACCGGGGGCGGCGGCAGAUGCUUUAAAGGCAGCAGAUGAGGCCUUGAAUGAUGCGGGGCGCCGUGAGAAAAUGUGAUAAUUAGUAUAGCUGCAAUAUGUAUGUGCUUAGUUUACUACACUACUUUAGGGGGAUGCAUGUAUGACUCAUUUUAAUAAUAUUUUGUUGCUUUUGUUGGCUGGCUGUUUAA